AUGAAUGAAAAACAUCAAAUUAUGCAAACUGAGAAAAAUGACGGACAAAAUAUAACUGAAUUAGAUUUUAGUGGCUAUCCAAUCGAAAAGGAAAUUAAAGGUUUUAUCCAUUAUUUUCUUAUUCUCGUAAAUAAAAAUCUUUCUCUUUCCCGUGAAAUUGAAAUGGUUAAAAAAAACUCAUUGAGUGAUCUAGAAUCAAUGAAAAGUUUUUACAAUACAAAUUUUGGAAAGGGCAAUUCAGAUUUAAUGUCAAAAGUAGUUGUAUACUUCUCAAAUAAAAUAGCACAAAGAUCAAAUAAUGUAAUCUCAGGUUAUGUUGAUCUUGAAAAAGAAGCCAAAGAAUUAUUGGAAAAACUAAAUAAAUUAGGAAUUGAAGCAUCUGUCGGAAAAACAGAAACCCUCGAUUCUAAAAAAAAACUAGAGAUUUUAAAAAACAAAAAAGAAUAUUUACAAAAUGAAGUAAAAAAAUCAAAAGGUUUUUUUCGUUCUGUUUUUCUUUUUUUUUUUGGAGACAAUAAAAAAAAUGAAUUUUCAGAAAAAAUUUGUUCAAUUGAAAAAGAAAUGGAAAAAAUUAAUGAAAAUAUGAAAGAAUCAGAAAUGGAAAUAUUUAUUCAAAAAACACAAAAUUUAAUGAAUUGUUUAACAUAUGCCACCCAUUAUAUCUUAGAUAUUAAAUCAAAUUUUCAUAUUAUGAAAUUAAUCAACCAUGAAUUAUUAAAUAAUGAUUUUUCUCUUUGUUGUCAAGAUAAAGAAUUAAUGAAUGGCAUUUACUCUAAAACUAAAGAUCUUUUGACAAACUCUAACCUUAAAUCACUUGGCCAAUAA